AUAGAUGUUGAAGCAUUGAAGAAAGAAAUUCGCGAGCAAAUUUUAUCCGAACUGAAGGAACAAAAACAAGAACAAAAGCCAGAGAGACCAAAGAGAAAACUUAGUGAAAAACAACUUGCUGCAUUAGCUGCUGGAAGACAAAAGAACCCACGUUUGCUGGCGAAGAAAGCUAGAGAAGAAGCUGAAGCAAAAGCUAAAGAAGCUGAAGCAAAGAAAGAGUAA